AAAUGUUCAUCCCUUUUGUUUGCUUGGCUUUAUAAACCUCAAAAAUCUCCACUACCGCGUCGAACCCCAUACGCUUCUUCCUCAAACUAACAAAUGGAUGACUCAAUAGGCAAAUUUUGCGAAACCAUGGCCGUUUUCUGUAAGAAUCUCGAAAACAGCUGCCACGCCCUGAAAGAGUCCGUGGAUCGUCGCCCCAUACCUCUUGAUUCAGCGUCGACGACCUUUGUGCAAAGCCUGAACCAGAGAGUAUUGUCACUGAGCGGUGACCUCAAUGUGCUGGAGUCCAUGUCUUGUGGAACGGUGUCAUUCGAGGAGCUGCUGGGUCAUUGCAAUGAAGUUUCCAAAAAGAACCAAACUGAUCUUCUUUCCCUGUUGGACUGUCUCCGUAAUCAUGGCUAUAUUGCUUCUUUGGAUCUUAUGGAUGAAGAUAGUGAAGGAGAAGAUGACCCAAAAGUUUCGGAAGAUUUAUCUUAUGACUGCAGCUUAGACUUGAAAAAAAUUGAAGAUGAUCCCUUGCUGGAUGAUUCUCUUAAUUUGCAGAAUCUUGGUCUCUCUGAUGUUUGCCUAGCUACCAUAGCAUCUGAAGCAAAUGCUGUAUAUGAGAAAGAGGGAGUCUAUCUAUCCACGGGGAAGAAACAGGAUAAUAAUGAUGGGAAAAUGAACGAUGAAUUGAAGUCAUCUGAAGAUAUUCAGUCACUAAUAACUGUGUCAGAAGAUGAUUAUGAAAACCUCCCGAAACAUAUGAAGAGUUUAGCUUCAUGGCAGGAGUUAGUUGUUGCUGUUGAGAAGAUGAACUCAUACCUCGACACAAAAAAGACCAGGCCAUACUCCUUCCAGCAAGCUGAAAUUGUGGAAUUAGGAUUAGGAACCAUGUUUUCCCUUCAAAUAUGCUCGAGGCUACUGGUAUUGACAUGGCUUUGUCAGAAUUACCAGAUUCAGAAGUUAUAGCAGGAGUUCAAAUUGGUCUUAUUGGUGAUAAGUUUACUGCAAAGCCAACAAUUCCGGAAAUGGAGAACUUACAGUUGGAUUUGUUAUCAGAAGACAUCAAGAAUGCAAUAUUAUUGGUUGAGGGAUAUUAUGAUUUUCUUCUCAAGUACAAGUCGGCUUGGAGCUAUAGAUGUUGGGAAGAAUGCUGUAAACUUUAGUGCAUAAAUACAGAAGGCCAAAAAUGCUUGAUGCAAUCAAGCCAUCUCCAAAAGAGCUAUAUGAGCUGGUCAGAGAAGUUGCCGGCAAGGAGUUAGUGGAAGUGCUGCAAAUUGAAAACAAGAUUCCAAGAAGAUAGACCCUAUUAUCAUUGGAAGAAAGUACAAUAAGCAUAUUGUCUGAGAGAUUAUAUGAGAAAAAUAGAGGGUUUUGGGUCUAUCAAAAUGAUUUAUAGAGUUGGUAGAGAAUGGUGCCGGCAUUAAAAAAACUGACCCAAGCUUCAAUUGGGAAAUGCUCUUGUUUACAGCUUCCAAGAUUGAUUCAAAGACAAGAACUGCUAUAUUUGGUGACUUCUCACAAUUUCCAUUUGAUCUUGGCAGUGUUAGGUCUUCCGUUUUCACAUUAUCACACCCUUGAGGACAAGGGUAGUUAAGCUCAUUUUAGCAAAAUUACGUGUGCCUUAGCUUGUUAGUGCAUUUAGCUUGUCUAAUACUACUAGCUAGGUUUAUAAAUAAGAUGUUUUCAUUUCAUUGUAAUUUUUCUUAGUGCAGAAAUAAAAGAGCCAAAGUGUAGCUUAGCUCUUAAACUCCAUUUUCCCUUCCCUGCAGUAUUUUUCCUUAUCUUCAGUGAGCUCCCAUUCAGAUUCUUUAUCCCGAUGCAAUUAGCUCUAUUGGAUGUGAUAUAAAUGGAUUUGCUAUUAAUAUUGGGUUGGGUUGUUCGCCUGUAAGCUAAGUUGCUUGGACUCUUCAAAUAUGUCUAUGGGUGCGUGUCGGAUCCUCCAAAAAUAGUGUAUGUUUGAAGGAUCUGACACGGGUGUGGCAACAUUUCUGGAGAGUUUGAGCAACUUAGUCUAUAAGUAUGCUAUUUUUAGCCUAUGCUUACAACUUGAAUAUUUGUUCACAACUCACAAGGAAAUAGAAAGAACCAAAAAUUGUGCUCCCUUUAUGUUUUCCUUCUGUCAAAUUAGUUGAUUUGUUUUUUCUUUUCCAGCUACAACUGGCCAUAGAUUGACUGGUUCUUUAUUGAUGCAGGGCAUAAAGCUAGAUCUUAUCUUCUGCUGCUCAUAAGAAUGGGUCGAGUAAUAGUGGAGACAAGUGGUGGUUUGAUUUGUUAUAGAAUCUUAUAGAGUAAAAUAAGUGCAGAGAUACCAGCACUAUUGACGUUAACGUGUAAGCAAUAUUUGGCUGAAGUGUGUUCUUUUAAUGGUUUGAUCUUCUUGAGCACAAAAAUGCGAGUUCCUGACAAAAUUUAGUACCCCAUUUGAUAUUGCGUCAUUUCUUUCAUUUGCAUUUUGAAAUGCUAAUGAAUGUUGGUAUUACGUUGCU